AUGAAUAAGUUACUUGUAGUACUUUUGGCAGUCUGCCUUGUCAGUGUUCACGCUUUUGUAAAACGUGACGCUGAAACACCCCAAAAUGAAAACUAUGUAGAAAAAUACAGAAAGGACCUCGAGGAUAUUUCCAAGAAUAUUGGUACUAAAAUACAAGAUGCUUUUAACCCUGAACAAAUCAAAAAAGGAUUGAACGAUCUCAUCGACGGUAUUAAUAAAGCGUUUAAUGAAAUUAAGCCCAAAGAAGAGGUCAAGCAG